AUGGCUCGUGUCUAUGGACAAAUUGGUUUGAAUUACGACCUUGAUGCUGGCAGACCGUUCAUCUACUGUGAGAAAUUCGAUCCGAAAUCAUGUGCACCUAAUGAUCCGCAGUGUCCGGUGCUGGAAAAAUGCUAUGCGGAGCCAGAAAAUCGGGCCCAACGACUGGGUUGCAUGACCGUGUUCAAGUACGUCACGGAGAAGAAUGCGAGUAUCGAAGAGCGGAAGAUUGAGGUCACCUUGAAGGGGUGCUGGCAGCAUGACAAGGAAGUGAUAGCGGAUUGCAAAGUUCAAGAUGAGUGUGUUGCGGAGAGUGGCAGACGACGGCCAAAGCCGAACAUGGAGUUUUGUUGCUGCCGGACACAUUUGUGCAACAAGAAGGUAUCAAUAAGAGUGGUGGAUGAGGCGCCGCGAGAAGACAAUGGUGUGGCUCAUGUUAAUGACACCGCAACGGAUGGUGCGAUGUCACGGUGGAUGAACACCAUGUGGUUUAUAAUGUUGUUCGGUCUAAUCGCCGUAUGUGUGAUCGGUGGUCUGUUAGUCUUCUCUUUGGUCUACAGAUGGUGCUGGCAGAAUAGAGACAAAGCCAAAACUCAGACUGUCACGGUUUCUCAGCAAAGUGAGACAUAUGCUCUUCUGAACUGUGCAGCAACACGUCCCACUUUCGAGAUUACUGAUUUGAAGCACGUAGCCAGCGGUCGUUUUGGCGAUGUCUUCAAUGGCAUUUAUCGAAGUGGUGAUCGUGUAGUAGAGGUAGCUGUGAAGGUGCUGAAAGAUGAGGAAAGCUGGCAUGCAGAGCAGACAAUAUACAUUGAUGUACUGCGUCGAGCAGGUCAUCCCAACAUCUUGCGAUAUGUGGACGUAGAAAGGCGGGAAAAUGAGUACUGGUUGAUCACGGAGUUCAUGAAAGAAGGAAAUCUGCAUGAUUAUCUAAGAAAUAAUGUAUUAACAAUGAAGCAAUGUUUGCGUAUAAUGUCGGGUAUGCUCGAAGGAUUAGCAUUUCUUCAUGAAGCUCAAGGCAACAAAUUUACUGUCGUUCACCGAGACAUCAAAUCGAAAAACAUUUUGCUAUCAUCAGUGGAGAGCGCAAACGACAAGGAAUUGGCUCUGACCGCCUGCAUUGCGGACUUUGGUCUGGCAGCGGUGUUCAGUAGUCCUCAAAUUGACGAGCAAGUGACAGGACAGGUUGGAACGUUCCGAUACAUGUCACCGGAAGUGCUCGAAGGUGCGACUGAAUUUACCGUACCCGCAUUCCAACGGAUCGACGUGUUGUGGGAGGUGCUAUCGCGUACGCGUCUGAGCGAGGAUGACGAUGAAGUUCCUCCGUACAUGCAACCUUUCGAAGACGUUACCAGUCCCUAUCCAAGUCUUGGUGAAAUGAGAGACAUUGUGGUUAGCCGUAAGCUACGGCCCGAAUUUCGGCCGGCGGCAACGAAACAUCCUGUAGCGGGUGCGAUUGAGUACACGAUUCGAGAUAUGUGGCAUACAAUAGCAGAUGGAAGGAUUACGGCGAGUCUCGCACGCGAACGGAUCAAUGCUAUGAAUGGCUGCGAUUCACAAGGCUCCGAAGGAUACCAUUCAAGUAGCGAUCACAAUCGAAAAGUAUCGGUGGCAUCCACAAUCAGUGAAGAGGAUGGCUGCGCACCUGCAGGCAGCAGUUUGAGCAGUGGCGAUUUCAACAACGUCAUUGAUGAUACGCCCCAGACCCGAGAGUUGCUGAACGAAGCUGCUGAGAGAGAGCGGUGA